AAAGAUAAAAAUGAGUCACAUCUGAAUGUUGCCUGCAGAGGCGCUGUUACGAAAACGGGCAUCCUUUGUCCUUUUCUAACCUCAUUAGUUCGUAGAAUCGUCCAAGUCAACAGCGAGCGAAAGAGUAAGAGAAUAAGAAUGCGGUAGGGGAAAGAGGAAUUGAGAGGGGAAAUAUUUUCUAGCCAAGUUUCAGUCGAAGUCGAGAACUGUUCGCGUUGGCUUCGUGUUGUUCGAUGUUAACACCGAAGUGAGUGUGUGAAAUGUAUCUGCAUUGGUGAUAUCGGAAAUAAAUUCAAUUUCCAAUAUAUACCUGUGUAUAUCAAAUACGUAACGUAUUUCUUAACAACAAGAAAUAGUUUCAACAUACCAACAACCGACUCCCCCGCACGAAUCGCGUCGCAAAAAUCAAAUCUCGUGAAACAAAAUUUCUUUUCCGUCAUUUAAAGAUUCGCUUAUUUCUCCUAACGGUCGACCGCAAAUCGACCAACCUACCUAAGUGAAAACUGUAAAUAUAGUUUUUAUAAAUCCAUCGAUGAUUUUACUGUGAUUAAAUUAGCCUGCACCAAAAAAUCAUAUGCCUAAAAGUAAAGUGCUGAGAGAAAUUUAAAAAAACAAAAACAAUAGGAAAGCAAAGAAAAUAUCACUCCGUCACUAUUUUUCUCCAUUUCUUCUCUACUUUUUUUCCAUCCCUUUCGUCUCGCGAUAUUCUAGAACCUUUAAACCUUAAAAAACCAACGGUAGUCUUUUAAUUAAUUGAAAAAAAACACAAAAAAAACUUCCAGUUCAACGAUCCGUUUUAUUUCCAAUGAGUUUAAAAACCUGAAAAGGUGUGACACACCUUUCGUUUUAAAUCAUCACCGUCAUCAUCGUUAUUAUCAACGGCAAUUCGUGUCUUAUUUUUUCUUUAUCAAAAUUCAAACGAUUGUUGAAGAUCAUUUGUUAACGAAGAAAAUACUUCUUACAAAUAGACACGCAAAAAAAUCAUUCAAAAAAAAGCAUAUGAUAAAUUAACAAACCAUAUUUUCUAUAGGACUAAUCUAAUUCGCGUGCAAGAAAAAAAUCCAAUAAAGCCAUGUAAUUCUACUAGAAUUUUUACCCAUCCAUAAAUAUUUAAUGAUUAAAAAAAAGUGCUGUAAAUUAUCAAAUUCAUUUCCGUUUAUGAUCACUGGAUAAUAAUAUUGAUAAUAAUAAAAACCGGAGGAAGGUGAACAACGGGGAAAAAAGCAAAAGAAAAAAAUUAUUAAAAAAAGUGUUAGCGAAGAGAUAAUAGGAAGUAAAUUGACGGCAGCAACUACUACUACCACUACUACUGAUAAGGAAGACAAAGAAAAAAAAACUGAAUCAAAUUGCAACAAUAAUAAUAAGAAGUUAAUUAACGCAUCAAAAAGAAAAACCAUCAUGGAUUAUCCCGUACCUAAUAAAACUGAAACCUCCAGACUACCGAAAUUAACACCAAUUGUUGAUGACUACGAAAUAAGUAAUCACGUACUUGGCCUUGGAAUAAACGGAAAAGUUGUACAAUGUUACGACAAAAAGACCAGAGCGAAAUAUGCGCUUAAGGUUUUACACGACUGCACAAAGGCAAGGAGAGAAGUAGAACUUCAUUGGAGAGCUUCUCAUUGUCGUCAUAUAGUACAAGUCAAAGAUGUAUACGAAAAUACUUACAGCGGUAAUAAAUGUUUACUCGUCGUAAUGGAAUGUAUGGAAGGCGGUGAAUUAUUCCAAAGGAUACAAGACAGACAGGAUGGAGCUUUCACUGAAAGAGAGGCUGCACAGAUAAUGUACGAGAUAUGCGUCGCCGUCAAACAUCUUCACAACAUGGACAUAGCUCAUAGGGAUCUGAAACCUGAAAAUCUCCUUUACUCUAAACCUGAUGCCACAGGAAUUCUUAAACUGACAGACUUCGGAUUUGCCAAGGAAACGCAUUUAAAAGACACUUUACAAACUCCUUGUUACACUCCCUACUAUGUCGCUCCUGAAGUCUUGGGACCGGAUAAGUAUGACAAAAGCUGCGAUAUUUGGUCACUCGGUGUAAUAAUGUACAUAUUGCUCUGCGGCUUUCCACCGUUUUACAGUAAUCAUGGAUUGGCGAUUUCGCCGGGUAUGAAAAAAAGAAUUAGGCUUGGACAGUACGACUUUCCCGCACCUGAAUGGUCGAAUGUAAGUCAAGAUGCCAGAGACCUCAUCAAGGAAAUGUUGUGCACGGAUCCAGCUCAGAGAUUGCACAUCGAACAGGUCAUGCGAAACAAAUGGAUUGCGAAGCACACCGAAGUACCAGCGACUCCGCUUCACACUAAUAGAGUUCUAAGAGAAGGUGAGGAACUCUGGCCUGAAGUUCAAGAAGAAAUGACUCGAUCACUGGCUACGAUGAGAGUUGAUUACGACACCGCUGGUCUCAAGCAAUUGGAUCACACGAAUAAUCCUUUAUUAAAUAAAAGGAGACGUGCGAAGCAAUCCACCAACGAUACACCCCCGUCUGUAAGCCCUACCCCAGCUUCCUAGAAGGACGCUUUUAUCGUUGGAAGAAAUAUCGACGAUAACUCCAGCUGGAUUAUCUUCUUCCUCCGUCGAUUUAUUAGGUACACUAUUUUUAUGCUCAGAAUAAUAUUCUGACAUCUGCUACGCAGAAUAAGGAUUCUCGAUGCAAGCAUCGGUAGGAGCAGCAACAGCAACAGCAAGAGCGAUAGGACAAAACACGAACGAACAAAUAAAUAAUUUAGCAAUGAUGUUUAUCAUCUUCUACGAGGAUUGACACGAGGUAAUUACGUUAGCAUCUUUAACUGCGCGAUAAUUUUAUACCAGAUAUUUUUACAUGAUUUAUAAAAAAAAAAAAAGAAAGAAAAGAACGCCAACUCCACGAUCUUUGAUCGAACCAAUAGUUUCUACGAAGUUUGAAUCGAAUAAUUUACUCUGGUUUUUAUAUUACAGUGAUGGGCGUAAAAAAUUAAUUAGGAACAGUAACGAAUCGUAUUACGUUGUGCUAUUGAUCGAUUAACAAUGGGUUCGUCGUUCUUUUAAAUUUGAGUAAAAUUCGACGUUUUAAUUCGCCUUUGAAUGAGGUGGUCAAUGAUGAUGAUGUUGGUUUUUCGAACCAAAUUAAGUUAACACGCUACUUCACAUCAUAUUAACUUGCAUAAUAAUAACGAUAAAUGAGAGGUGAUGUAUCUCGGUUUGAGGCAUGAAUAAGAAUGAUACAUAUAAAAAUAGGAAAGAAAAACAUAAAUCAUCAACAAGAACAAAAUACAAAUGCCUUGAUUACAAAGGCGCAGAAGUAUAUGAGAACAAAUUACGUAGGUUAUAAGACAAAUUUGUUGGUUUUACGUAAUUUUAAAUUAAACAUUAAAUUAAAAAAAAAUAACCGCAGUCAAUAAAUAGAAUAAAUAUAGUUCUCUUUUGAGAUUAUAGAAAAUAUUUAAAAAAAACUAUCAAACACGCCUAAUUAGGUAUUGCUAUACAACAGAGAAGAAAGAAAAACUGUAACAUUAAAUUCAUACAAAUAAUAAAAAUUAAACAACGGUGCUAUAUCGAAAAAUUAAUGAAUAAUUGAAUAAAAUUGAUAUCUAGAUCGAACAAUAAUAGAACAAAGUAAAACAAAAAAUAAGAAUAAUAACAAAUGUUUGCGAGCCGUUGUAGAAGUGCCUGAACUGCAUUUGAUUUAUUUAUUAAUUUUUUUUUCCCAACUUUCGGAAAAUCAAGUUAUCGAUAGUAUUAAAAAUAUAAACGGUUAGUUGAGAGAAAGAUAGAUUAUAUCAAAUAUUAAAUUUGUUGUAACUCUGAUACAGGGUUCUUAACAAUAACAAUAAUAGCGCCUUAUAAAAAAUGUGAGUCAAAAUUUUAGCGAUUUUAUUUUCCAUGCUAAAAUGUGGUGUUUAGGAUUGCAGUGUUCGGUAUCCAUCAGUAUAUAAUAAUAAUUCAUAAUAGAAAUAUAGAAUAUAUAUUUUAUAAAAUAAAUAAUUGUUUUGACUGAGGAGGCUAACUACCGAUUAAUAUUGUUUUAAUUAGUAGUAUCAUCGGCUCAUUUAGUAACCAAUUUUAGAUAUAUUUAGAUAAUGGGAAAUAAAGAAAAAGUCUAACGAAAAAGUUCAAUUCAACUUUCUAAUUAAAUGAAUAAAGUAAAUUAUACAUAUGCAUACCUAUAUUAAUAAUACAUGAUAUGAACCUAAGCGUAAUUAUUUUUUAGGGUAAAGGUGUUCCCAUUUUAAUAGUAAUGAAUUGUUACGUGUGCUUGGACAUAGGGUAAGAUUCUAGUUUAAACUAGAACAAAAAGAAAAAGAGUUCUCUAGGAAAAUGAUGAAAAAAUAUCACGCAUAAAUAAUUGAUGAAACAAUGUUCGAAACGAACAAAUGUAAAAUAAAUACUAACGUUCUAUACCGAAAGUAUACGAAAAAGUAAUUUUUACAUUAAAUCCCUUGGUUUUAACAACUUAA